CAGUUCAAUGAGCGUGCGCGAUGGGCCAUGCGAGGGUCCUAGAUUGGGCCGCGGCCCUUAUUCUGGCCGUUUUGGCCCCGGCGUGUGUGAUCUGUGUGGUUUUGACGCCCCCCUAUUUCAACUUGGCCGCGAACCGGAGGGUGACAGCGUCGGCGACCUGCGGGGUCGGAACCCCCGGCCCGGAACUCUACUGCAAACUCGUCGGAGCCGUGCCCCUCGUCGACGUCCAGAAGGACCCCUUCAGCAACAGCCAUCUCGUCAAUGGCCAAGUGUGUGAUUACUGUGACCCGAAUGUGCCGGAACAGGCUCACCCCCCGGAAAAUGCAGUGGACGGACAAUCCUCCUGGUGGCAAAGCCCGCCCCUCUCGCGAGGGAUGAAGUACAACGAGAUCAACCUCACCAUCGAUCUUGGACAGGAAUUCCAUGUUGCAUAUGUCCUCAUUAAGAUGGGAAAUUCGCCUCGACCUGGAGUAUGGGUGCUGGAAAGAUCAGCAGAUAAUGGAAAAACUUACCAACCAUGGCAAUACUUUGCUGACACCAAAGCUGACUGUCUGACGUACUUUGGUCCGGAAUCAUUGAAACCCAUUGAGCGAGAUGAUUCAGUCAUAUGUGAAACAGCUUACUCAACUGUGCUGCCUUUAGAGGAUGGUGAGAUUGUAGUAUCUCUCCUCAACAAGCGGCCCUCAGCAUCUGAGUUCUUUAAUUCGACUGUCCUUCAAGAGUAUACGAGAGCAACCAAUGUCCGACUUCGUCUUCUAAGAACUAAAACAUUACUGGGGCAUUUAAUGUCUGUAUCUCGGCAAGAUCCCACCGUUACCAGAAGAUAUUUCUACUCCAUCAAAGAUAUCAGUAUUGGAGGACGUUGUCGUUGUAAUGGACAUGCUGAUACUUGUGACAUCACGGACCCAGAAGACUCUUACAAACUCAUUUGCAGAUGUCAGCACAAUACAUGUGGUCAUAAUUGCGAGUACUGUUGUCCUGGAUAUGAACAGAAAGCGUGGAGUCAGUCAAAAAGCAACAUUUCCUAUUUUGAAUGCGAACCUUGCAAUUGUUUUGGUCACUCGGAACAAUGUGUUUACAACGCAACAGUCGAUGAAAUGAAAUUAUCACUGGACGUUCACGGGAAACUAGAAGGAGGAGGAGUUUGUCAAAACUGUCGUGACAAUACAGAAGGCAUAAACUGUAACAAGUGCAAAGCAGGAUUCUAUCGCCCAUACAACAAGCAAUGGAAUGAAACAGAUGUUUGUCAACCUUGCCAGUGUGGCUACUUUUACGCAACGGGGAACUGCGCUGAGGGCUCUGGUCAAUGUGAGUGUAGGAAAGAAUUUCAACCACCAAAUUGUGACAGCUGUAGUUUUGGCCACUAUGAUUACCCCAAUUGCAAGCCGUGUGACUGUCAUCCCAACGGAACAGUUGAUUCUCAUUGUGAGGCAACGGGAGGGCAGUGUCCUUGCAAGUCGAACUAUGCUGGAAAAUUCUGUGACAAAUGUGCUGAAGGAUUUUAUAAUUUCCCCGAAUGUCUCCCCUGCGGAUGUAACGUAGCAGGAGCUCAAACAGAUAUCUGUGAUCCAGAAACUGGUAACUGCCCUUGUGUUAGCAGCUUUGGAGGCAGAACUUGUGAUCAGUGCAACAAUGGUUACUACGGAUUUCCUGGCUGUACUUUUUGUAGCUGUGAUCAGAAAGGCACGGUGCCAGAAAUUUGCGAGAAAAACUCGGGGAAAUGUUUAUGCGCUGAAGGUUAUGAAGGAGACCGUUGUGACAGAUGCAAGUUUGGAUACUAUGGAUUCCCCAACUGCAAGCCUUGCAACUGCAGUCAAAUUGGAAGUGUUUCAAUCGGUUGUGAUGGGACAGGAAAAUGCUCUUGUUUGACCAACUUUGCUGGACAAACUUGUGAGAUGUGCACAGCAGGCUUCCACAAGUAUCCUGAAUGUUUACCAUGUAAUUGUGAUCCAGAUGGCUCAAACGGAAACUCAUGUGAUAACAAUGGCCAGUGUUUCUGCAAUCCCAACUUUGAAGGCAUUCAAUGUGGCAAGUGUAAAGAGGGACUCUACAAUUUCCCACUCUGUGAAGAGUGUAACUGUAAUCCGGCGGGUAUCAAAGAAUCUUUUGCUGGCUGUGGUACUCUGCCUGCAGGCUCCCUUUGUGAAUGUAAGCCACGCGUCCAAGGGCGCAUUUGCAAUGAGUGUCGUGAACUUUUCUGGAACCUACAACCAGGGAAUCCUCUUGGAUGUGAAGAUUGCGACUGUUACAUUCCUGGAACUCUGGGAGGAAUUGGGUCUUGUGACACAAAAUCAGGACAGUGUGUUUGCAAGCCUUCCGUUACCUCACGGCGCUGUGAUAUUUGUGCUGAUGGCCACUACAACCUACAGGAAGACAAUUUAUUUGGAUGCACAGAUUGCGGGUGUGAUAUCGGAGGUUCUGUGAGUACAAUCUGUAACAAGCAGACAGGACAAUGUCAGUGUCAGCCCCGAGUUACUGGAAGAACGUGCCGUGAGCCACUUCAAGCACAUUAUUUCCCCUCGCUACACCAAUACCAAUUUGAAGCUGAAGAUGCGCGGACGCCAAACCUUGUCCCCCUACGUUAUGAUUUCAACUCGACAGUUUUUCCUGGCUUUUCAUGGAGGGGUUACGCUAUUUUCUCCCCAAUUCAGGAUACAAUCAUCAGCCAACUGACGAUAGAAAAGCCCUCUGUCUACCACAUGAUUCUGCGGUACGUCAAUCCUUUGGAGGAAACCGUCACAGCAAACAUUGCUAUAACACCAGAAUUUUUCAGUAAUAUUGCCACAGAGCAGAAUUUUAAGGUUUUAUUGAAACCUAGCCGAACUCCAACAUUUAUGACCGUUUCUGGACCCAGUGAGAGUAUACCUGCUCCAUUUGUGAUGGAUCCUGGUUAUUGGUCUGUCACCAUCAAAAGCCCAAAAAUAUUUUUCCUCGACUAUUUUGUAUUACUUCCGGCAGAAUUCUACGAAGCUGACAUUUUGGUCGACAAAGUCGUGUACCCUUGUGUUUCUGGAAACGAGACCAUUUGCCGUCACUUCCGAUACCUCGAUGAUAACACGUUUGAUGUUGUGAAAACUGACAAUGGAUUUACAUCACCAGAUGGCCAGUCUCGUGAACCUAUCAGAUUUUUCUUCACCGAGACUGAGGGCGUGGAAAAUAUGGAAAAUAAGCCAAUCCCAGCUAUAAACAAAGAACAGCCAGAACUUCGUGUGGAUUUACGAGUUCAGCGUCCUGGUCCACAUGUACUUUUGCUCAACUAUGGGACGCCACAAAAUAACACCGAAAAACCAUCCAAAGUCCUUAUCGAAGCUUCCUCUCAAAACAAGCAGUACCGUGGCAUUGCAUUCCUCAACCAGUGCCGCUACUCUACGCUCUGUCGCCAGGUGGUUGUCGACAAGAAUCAUACUGUCGCAGUCUUUGAUUUUGAUACCAAUUUCAUAAACGUUGUGCUGAAAACAGAAGAACCAGACUCUACUGUUGGCGUGGAGUCUGUGACUGCUAUUCCGUAUGAUAAGUGGUCCUUAGAUUACAUUCUGCCAAAACCUGCGUGCGUUCGUAAAGAUGGCAAGUGCAUCCCGUCUUCAUUCCGAAAUCCACCCGAGUCUGUGAAAGUUGAAUUCGAAGCUGGUGCACCGGAGCAGGUUGCCAAAGAACUCCCUGCAGGAAUCUACGACAACCAGACUGGUCUCAUCUUCCUCAACCACGCAGACCCGAUGAUUGACGUACGAGCUAAAGUCCCAAACCCAGGCUAUUACUCAUUUGUCGUCCAUUAUUACCAACCGGAUCAUCCACAGUUUGACAUGGAUGUCAUCAUCCAGAACGGUCAGUUCUACGAGGCAAAACUCCUCGCACCUCAUUGUCCAGCCAGUUCAGGCUGUCGAUCCGUCGUCAAGCAGGCUAACGGCAACACCCAAUUCGCUUUGACGGAAAAUGUUGUUUUGACACUGAAGGAGCCCGACCACAAAAGUAUCUGGCUGGAUUAUGUUCUGAUUGUCCCAGUGCGCGAUUUCACCGACGAUAUAAUUCAGGAAGAACCUGUCGAUUUGGCUGGACUUUUCAUCUCUCAAUGUGGUCAAAAUAAUUUCUUCAUGAGCUCAGAUACCUCUGGUUUCUGUCGAGAAGCUGCAUUUUCAGUUGUGACCAAUUAUAACAGUGCAGCUUUACCUUGCCAAUGUAACAUCGAAGGUUCCCUAAAUUUCGAGUGUAGUCAGUUCGGAGGUCAGUGCAAAUGUCGUCCUAAUGUUAUUGGUAGACGCUGUGAGCUCUGCGAGACAGGAUAUUAUGGUUUCCCCAACUGCAAACCUUGUGAUUGUCCUGCCAAACUUUGUGAGCAAAAUACUGGUGCAUGUCUCUGUCCGCAAAAUGUUAUUGGUGAAAAGUGCACAGAGUGUAAAGAAUAUACCUACGGAUUUGAUUUACUGGUUGGAUGUACUGAUUGUGCGUGUAAUGAACAAGGAGUCAAGAAUGGAAACCUGCAAUGUGAUCUGCUAAAUGGAACAUGCGACUGCAAGGACCAUGUCGUCGGAAGAGCUUGUGACCAUUGUAUGGACGGAAACUGGGCGUUCCCCCAUUGUGUAGCCUGUCAGUGUGACUUGCGUGGUACCAUUCCCGAAAUCUGUAAUCAAAACAAUGCUGAAUGUUUCUGUAAACUGAACGUGGAGGGUCCAGCUUGUGACAUCUGUAAAGAAGGAACCUUCAAUAUCCAGGCAAAGAACGAUGAUGGAUGUACCAAGUGUUUCUGUUUUGGAAAAACAACCAGGUGUACCAGCUCCAACCUGUACCGAACAACGAUUCAAGGCAUGGAUGGUUGGAAACUUGUGUCUCUCAAUGUAUCAAAAACAGUAAAUGUAGAAUCAAUUGGCACCCUGCCGCAGAAAAUUGAGUCAGGGCAGGGGCAAGCCAUUGGUGUUGAUCUCACUGCUCUUGAAGAUAAGAUCAUCUACUUCCAGGCACCAGAGAAAUUCCUGGGCAACAAACUCACCUCGCAUGGAGGAGAUUUGAACUUUACUCUUCUGUACACCAAUGGAUUAUUUGGAAACGCCAUAAGUCAAGCUGAUAUUGUUCUAUAUGGUGCUGGAAUAUACUUGCUUCACUUCUCCUUCAGACAACCAGCAGCCUCAAUCCCAUUCGAUGCUUCAGUAUCAUUGGUCGAAACUAAUUUUGUCGUACCAUCUGGUAUUCAAGCCACACGUGAGCAACUCAUGCAGGUCCUUCAAGACUUACAGGCCAUCUAUAUUCGUGCAACUUUCUGGGAGCAAAGUGUUACCACAAGACUUCAAGAUGUCAGCUUGGACUCCGCAACAGACACAUAUUUCCCAGACGCAACUUUUGCUCUGGACGUAGAACAGUGCCAGUGUCCAUCAAAUUACCAAGGUCUCUCAUGUGAAGAGUGUGCAGACGGAUACUACCGCUCAUCCCACUCCUCCUUCAAAGACGUUUGCAUCCCAUGCCAGUGCAACGGCCACGCGACCACCUGUGACAAGAGUACAGGCAUCUGUAUCGACUGUCGUCACAAUACGGUCGGUGAUCACUGUGAGAAGUGCGCAAUUGGUUACCAUGGCAACGCAACCACUGGAACACCAAAUGACUGUCUCAUCUGUGCUUGCCCAUUACCAAUUGAAUCAAAUAACUUUGCGACAGGCUGUGAGGUGACUGAUGAUGGAGAACGCAUCAGCUGUCAGUGUAUUCCUGGCUACUUUGGAGCCCGAUGUGAAUCGUGCUCUGCCGGGUAUUACGGAAACCCCGAACAUGAAGGUGACUUCUGUAAACCUUGUUCCUGUUCAGGCAACAUUAAUCCCAGUGACCCAAGCUCUUGUGACUCUAUCACCGGUGAAUGCACGCACUGUCUCAAUAACACCUUUGGAACUGCUUGCCAAUACUGUGCGCCAGGUUACUUCGGAGAUGCUGUAAACCUCAAAGACUGUCAAAGCUGUGCUUGCGAUAAGUGCGGAACAGAAAAAUGCGACGACAAAACAGGAAUCUGUCAAUGUAUGACAAACGUCAUCGGUGAGAAGUGCGAUCGUUGCGCUGACAAGCAUUACGGAUUUUCAACUUGCCAUGGCUGUAGGGCCUGCGACUGCCAACUCGCAUCCGAAAGCCUGCAAUGUGAUGACCACACAGGCCAGUGCAAGUGCAAACCUGGGGUCACCGGUCGCACUUGUGAUCGUUGCAUUUCUGGAUAUUGGGACUACAGUGCAUCUGGGUGCGUCUCCUGUGGCUGCAACUCAGAGUUCAGUGUUGGUGUAGGCUGCAACCCUAAAACUGGUCAAUGCGAAUGUUUGCACGGUGUUAUCGGUGAGAAGUGUGACCACUGUCCUCAUCGUUGGGUAUUGAUUCCUGAUGAUGGAUGUUACGAGUGUGAUACUUGCACUUGGGCGCUGUUAGACACAACGGAUAGUCUUUCAAACCAGUUGGCUCCUAUUUUAGAUGAGUUUAAAACAGUAGCUAAAGGAUAUUUCACAACGCAGAGAUUAGUGUACCUCAAUGAGACUGUGGAAAAGCUUCGAAGCAAUGUUAGCCAAAACUCUAUUAAGAGCAUUGAUAUCGCUCCAAUGACUAAAAGUAUCGAAAAUCUUGAAUUUGAAACGAGGAAUUUGCACAGGAAGUCUGAACUCAUUAUUGAGAAAGGAAUUGAGGAAGUAAACAAAAGUGGUAUAUUAUUGUCAAAAACCAAUGAUGUGGAAACAUUGAUGAAGAAAGCCAUUGAUGAUUCUAGAAUUAUUGUUUUUGAUGUUAAGACAUUGGCGUCAAACCUUGCGGACAGUACUGGCCCUCAGAUUGACAUCGCAAUGGGAGAAGCCAAAAGCAUCUUGGAUAGAAUACAGCGUAAUGAAAUGGAUGAAGAAACCAUUGAUAGUGUGAAUGAAAGUGACACCAAAGCGAAAGAGAUUCAUAAGCAAAUGAUGGAGUUUCGAGAACCUGUUGAUGGCAAUGCAGAGUUGCUAACUCACUUACGUGAGCGUAUUGAGUUCUUUAAUGAGAAGUUGGAUGAUCUUAAAAAACAUCGGGAUGUGACAAAAAGUAAAAUACAGGAGACGCAAGUUUUGAACGAUUUGAACCGAAGCGCCAGACUAAAAGGCAAAACUGAUAUCUUAAAGAAUUUGACGAUUGAAGCAAGCUCUACCCUAGAAAACGUCAAAGAAUUGAUUGAAAAUGCAACCAGCUACAACAACCGUGCAAACAAGGCAAUCAGCGACCUCAGCAUUGGACUACCUGCUCGCAAAACAUUAAAUGCCCAAUUGAAUGAAAGUGUAGAAAACCUAAGGAGAGAAUUACUAGAAGCUCGUAAUAAAGUGAGAGAUGCGGACGCUCAUGCGCAUCAGCUCAUGGAACAAGCGGAAAAUUUGGACUUACUAUUUGUGGACACGCGAUCAUUGUCUGACAAUGCUUAUUCAGCUGCAACGGCGUACCAGAAGAUCAUUAGUAAGGUGAAUGAUUCGUUCAACAUCGCACGAGAUGCCAAGAUUGCGGCAGAAAAAGCUGAGCAAAUGCUAACAGGCCUCAAUGACCGCUCCAGUCUUUCUGAUAACAGCUCCACUGUGUUAUUGGGUGAGGCGAAAUCACUUCUGUUCCAAGCGCAGUCAGAACUUGCUCCGCAGUUAAACAUGGCCGAGGAAAAAUGUAAAAGAGUUGUCCUCUUAAAUAAGAACAUAACUGCCGGAUUUAAUGACAUCGACCAAGCUAUGAGCCGAAUUCCAUCCACCUCGCCGGAAAAUAAUCUCGACAGCAUCAUUCCAAAGGCAAAUGUGGGUGAAAUUGCUGCUGCAAAUGUUCUGGAAUCCCUAAACCCCAUCUCAGCAGAACUGUCGGAAUGGUCAAAUGCUACUAAACAACUGGGCAAAGACAUCGUUGAUACAAACAUUUCAGUCUCCCAAGCAAAUAAUCAGUUGGACAGUUUUGCUGCAGCUCUACUCAACGUUUCUAGUUUGAUGGAGAAGUUGAAAGCACGACCGCAGGAACUAGACGGACGGAGCAAUCAGUUGAAGAUGAGUAUGGACCAACUGAAGAGUAAAAUUGCUCUCGCGCGUGACCUGGCUAACAAAAUUAAGGUUGGAGUGAGUCUCUACGAUAACUCAACUCUGGAACUGCGUAAUCCUGAAAAUCUAGCUCAGCAGGGAAUCAGCACAGAUAUUUCCCUCUACUUCAAAACGGACAAGAGAAAUGGACUCAUUCUUUUCGUUGGAAAUGAAGCUGGCUCAAGAAUGAAAAGACAAACCUCGGAUGACUAUUUGAUGCUUCAAGUCGAAAAUGGUUAUCCGAAGUUGACGGUCAAUUUGGGAUCGGACGAAGGUCCUGGAGUUUUACAGGUCAAUAAAUAUGUUGCUGAUGACACGUGGUACAAAGCUGUUAUUGAAAGAACUGGCACAACUGCAAGGCUAAAGAUUAUUGACGAUCAAGGCGACGUGCAGAAAGAGGAAGCUGUCGUGAAAGGCUCAAGGGCAGUGCUAAACUUGGACAAGGACACAUCUCACAUUUUUGUAGGAAGCCUGCCUGAAUCCUUCAAAGGUCCUGAAUCAGUACCUGUCAUCCCAUUCUACGGACAAAUCCAAGACUUAUCCAUAGGCCGCACGCCUAUUGGUCUGUGGAAUUUCGUUGAUGGAGAUCACAUUGGCGGCUCCCGGGAUAGAGAUCAGCUAGUUCACGAGAUGGUUUCAACUGGUUAUCGACUGAAUGGGGACGGUUAUGUAACUCUGGAUGGUAAAGACUACAAGUUACAGGGUCAAUCAGAGAUAUCAUUCAAAUUCAAAACGAAACAAAAAGAAGGUCUUCUCUUCUUGGCUGCCAAAGAUUAUUCAUAUCUCUCUGUUGAGCUUAGAGAUGGCAAAGUCCUGUUCCAGUACAACCUUGGUUCUGGCGCAGCACAAAUACUCUCACCAAAAACUUACAAUGACGAUCAAUACCAUUCCGUGGAAGCUGUCCGUCAGGGCAGAGAUGGUGUCCUUAAAGUUGAUGGUGUACCCAUAGAACAGAAAACUGCGCAAGGUGAACUUCAGGAAUUAUAUGUUUCUGAUCGCCUGUAUGUAGGCGGUUUUCCAGGUGAACAUAAAUUACCUGACAUCUCCAAUACUGGUUUUGAUGGGUGUAUUGACAAUGUGCAGAUAAACAGCAUAAGUGUAGAUCUGAAUAAAAACAUCAACGCUCAUGAUGUAGUCCCUGGCUGUCCCGACAAAUUUGUAAGCACAGUCUCAUUCAACAGUGGGUCCCAUGGCUACGUUAAGCUUUCAGGAGUAUCAGCAAUGGAUAACACAUUCCAGCUAAUCCUGCGUUUGAAUACAACUUAUCCCAACGGGCUCAUUCUCUUUGCAACUGACGGAACAGAGAACUUGAUUUCAUUGCGCAUGGAGAACGGAAUCUUAAUAUUCAAAACAGGCCAAUCAGAAUUGAAAUCCAGUCAAUUAAGGCCAUAUGAUGAUGGGCAGUGGCACGUCGUUUUUGCUAGCCAUAAUUCUACCGAUAAUUCUCUCCAACUAGUUAUUGAUGAUUUUGAUGUAUUCAACCAAACUGACAUCACCCGAAGAUCUGAGCCAAUCAGGCUUGUGAACGGUAAUAUAUUCUUCGGAGCUGUGCCAUCCACCAUAGAUGCAUCAACAAUUGGUACAACAUAUCCUUUCUCUGGGUGUAUUAGUGAUGUCACCAUCAAUGGAGAAAUAGUCAACUUUGCUAAAGCAAAAGCCAAUAAUGUUAUUGUCGGAAAGUGCAUGCAUGGAGAAGGCUCACAUCUCAGACCACCUCCAAAGCCAGUAAAGUCUGAGGAUGAAGAAGAUUUCGAUUUCAGCCCAACUUCUCCAUCAACACCUGCUGUGCUCCCAUCAGUGGCCCCAACACCAGCUGGUUUAUGCGUCCUCCCAAUUUCUCCUCUGAAUGAUCCAAAUGUUACCGCUGAAAGUGGUCAACGGUUCGGUACAACAAGAGGUAGUCGAGUGGAAUAUCUACUGGCCUCAAAACUCAAAAGCAAAUUUGAUAUUUCAAUACAAUUCAAGACUAUCUCACAGUUUGGAACCAUCCUGUAUGCUGCUAAUGAGCUGCAUACUGAGUAUGUGGCUGUGUACCUGGUUGAUGGGAAGGUUCACUUUGGAUUCAGUAGCGGUGGCCAGGCAGGUCUCCUUCAGUCGACAGAAGCAUAUAAUGACGGAGAAUGGCACGAGCUUUCAUUUAAAAGAGUGGGACUUGUUGGUGAACUGCUUAUCGAUGACAAAUCAGUCGCUGCAGGACAAGCAGGUGGCAAUAAAUCAAGCAUUAGUCUAAUUGAUCCAGUGUACAUUGGAGGGCUUAAUCCAGAACUGAUCGAAAAACUGGAUCCAAAACUACAGGAACAAGUCAUGAGAAACAUCGGCAUCAGUCAAGAGAACAUUGAGAAUCCCCCAAUAUUCUUCGAAGGAUGUCUCAGGAACCUGCGAAAGGAUAGCAGGCCCAUCAAGAGUGCCAAGAAUCCGUCAACAUCCUUCGGAGUCAUCCCUUGCUCUGACAGGGUUGAGAGAGGCACAUACUUCUCCAUGGAGGGUGGAUACGUCAAACUUGCUGAUAAGCUCAAAGUUCCGAAUGAAUUUGAUGUGAAACUAGAUUUCAAAGCAAGGAACAUCUCAGGAUUCAUGCUUGGAGUGUUCUCUAAACAUAAGGACUUCCUAUCCCUUCAGAUGAUAGACGGGAAAAUCAAAUUUUCAGUGGAGAAUGGCAACGGUGUUAUAUCAGCAUCCUUUGAGCCCCCUGAGAAACAUUUCUUCUGUAACGGCGAAUGGCAUUCCCUUCAAGCUGUGAAAGCGAAGAAUGUCGUGUCACUAAGUGUCAACAAAGUGUUUGUGGAGCCAGGGAUUGGCAUUGGAGGCGCAUGGCGUACUGACGUCAAUAAUCCACUCUACGUUGGAGGUCAUCCUGAAAUUGAAAAACUUUAUGGCCAACACCGUCUGGACACAGCCCAAAACUUCAUUGGGUGCAUCAGGGACAUUGAAAUCAACAGCAAUGGCAAGCCAGAAGACUUCCCAAUCACUGUCGAUAAAGCAUACGGAAAUGUUACCGUCGGAAUCUGUUCGACCAUUUAGGAAAGAUGUAGAUCUUGAAACAAUUAUGACUGAAAUAUCAGGAAUCUUAAUUUAUUUUAUUUUCACACAAUCCAUUUUAACACAUGACUUUCAAUUGAACUAUACUUUGCAAUAAGGGACUAUCUCGGGACUCUCUCACUAUCUCUGGCUCUCCCAUAAAAGCACAUAUCUGUAUAGGUGAACCAAUGGCAUGUAUGUUGUUUCUAAAAUGGACCAGAAAUAGUGGUUCCUUAUAGCAAAACGUAAUCCAAUUACCUCAUGGAUAAAGAACCCCGCACAGAGCAUGAGCUCAGCGGCUCUCUAUGAAAGUCGAUGAAACUUUGAUAGAUUGAUAUAUAGUUCAUAAUUAAGGGAAAGCCAAAAAAUUAGCUCACUUUUGCGAGUAGAAGCCGAGAUAUUCGCGAUUGAACCCGGACUAUUUUCUGUGCGGCUGAGGUAAAUUCUCUGUAUCGCCUUACCUUGCUUGAGCACUUCGGCCAGAAAACCCCCUCUCCCCACCAGGUAACUACGAUAUCGCAUUGUUUACACUCACUCCUUUCAUUAGGACGCUCCGUUCGGGCUGUGCGAUAUGGAGUUCCCUUCUCGCACCUUUCCUGUGGCGGCGCCGCCGGCCGGUUUAAUCUGAAAUGUAGUUGCUGAAACAGAAUUGACAGGUGCGGGGAGAGGGAGGGAGUACGGCAGUCGCACCGGCCGAGUUUAUACGCACCUAUCUUCACGUGAGUGACGUGAGGUUUGAUCGAGAACUCCGAACAACGAGAGGAAAGGGGACUCGGAAUUCCUCCGUCAUGCUACGGCAUGAUAGAAAAUUGUCCGGAUUCAAUUGCGAAUAUCUCGGCUUCUACUCGCAAAAAUGAGCUAAUUUUUUGGCUUUCCCUUAAUUAUGAACUUCAUAACAAUCUAUUAAAGUUUCAUCGACUUUCAUAGAGAGCCGCUGAGCCCAUGCUCUGUGCGGGGUUCUCUAAACCUUCCCUCCCUCCAACUGUGGAGCAGCUUUUGGCCAACAAUUGCAUGUUUUAUCUGGUUCCUAAUUAUUUUAAGAGAUUUUAAAGUUUAAAAUGGAUCAUAAGAAACUAAAUUUUUUGACUUUUCCAUAAAAGUAUCCGUCAACAUGAGAAAACGAACGGCACAACAACCGUGAAACUUCCGAACAACGUAUCUCAGUUUAUGAUGUUGCAGACUUCCUGUCAUACUUGAUCUUUUAAAUGGAUAACUUCUCAACAGCAAUACUUUAACACUUUCAUGAUUUUUCUUCUCAAUGCAAAGCAAAUUCUGAUAAAACUUCCAGGAAUGAUGUGAUUUUUUCUCCAUUGAAAAAAAAAGUAGGAUCCAAAAUUGUAGAACCACAAAAGGUAAAAAAAAAAAAAAUAGAAAUUUGUAGUUACCACAAAUGAGAUGCGUGUUUCGGGAGUUUCACCCUUGAAAUGUAGUUUUUAAAGACAGCCAGGAAUAGUGGUUCAUUAUCGGAAGAUAUAGUAUAAUUAUAAACGUUUUUUGUAAAGCUAUCGAACAAAAUAUAAAACCAGCAUAAAACAGAAAUUAGAAAAUUAAAAAGAGACAGUCUUGUUUCCUGUCAGUAAACUAAAAGGAACAUUGUUUAACAUAUUCGAACAUUUUUAGAAAAGUUCGGAAAAUUUUAUGAUAAUAUUCGUAAAAAUCUCUAUGCAUUCAGUACCUAUUUUAUAAAAGAAAAUAUUCUGUUGCCUCACUUUGAUCUCUCUGAUACUUUUUAGAAACAUUUUGUUAAAAUAAAUUUUUCUCGUUUUCAUCCCUUUUUUUUCUUCUUUUUAAUGAUGAAAACUCCUUUGUAAAAAUGGCAUUUAAGGUAACUACCUAGGUUGUAGUAUUGAUUAACUCUCAUUUUGGACCAAAAAGUGAGAUUGAAUUUAAUUGGAAGGAAUGAGUACGUGCAAAUUUGUGAAAGCAUCAACCUAUGCAAGUAAAUUUAUAAUUUAGUAGCAUGGUAUCAAAGGGAGUCUCUCAGGAGUGAUUAGAUGACUUUUUCAAAAGGAAAAUUUUGAUCUUUUAAAAGUUCCAAAUUGAGUUUUAAACAAUGAAAAUGAAGCUUGACUUCGAAGAUAGAAUAUAUUAUUAUUUAACUCACGGGACCACACAUUACAAAAUGCAGAAUGUAAGAAAAAAAUUUGAUAAAUUUCUCCACUGACUUUUACUUUUCAGAGAUUAUGUAAAUAAAUUCGGAACAUUCUCUGUAAGAGGCACAUUGAGUGUGGGGGGCCAUAAACAAAAUGGAACACAGAAUAGAAUAGAAUAGAAAUAGAAUAGGGCUAAUCGGAAAUACCAAAGUACAUCCAGAGGUUUAGGAGGGUUGAGGAAUAUGUUCCAUUGCAUUCAACAAUCAACUAAGAAUUGUUUCAAAUUUUCUGGGCUGGAAAUGGAUCCAUUAUUAUCUCCUAAAAAAAUUAUUCCGUUCAUCUUUUCAUAAAAUUUUAUCACUGAUAGAUGAUUCUCAUAAGAGGUUUGCACCUCCUCCUUGUUUCCUGCAAGAUCAAUUUCUACUAGGAGUUCUCAAAUUACCAAUUCCUGGAGUGGGAAAUUCCCGCUUUAAUUCGUAGUAUGUGUAUGAUUAUUUUCAAAAUGGAUGAAAAGUCAAGUGUGUCUUUCCAGUACCUAAUUUAUUCUUGCUUUAAUUCAUAAGAUAAGAGUUGUACAAAGAUAUACAAGUAGUCUUAAAUGUACAUAGAAACAAACAUUGCUAUUCCUAAAUAAAUCUUAAAGCAAUAUGUAUGGCAUCA